AUGCCCCUGGGGAAGAUUUGGGCCGAGAUUGGAAAGUCAUCAAAGGUCGACAAGGCCCAAAUGAACUCGGACCUGUUGACUGCUGUCUUGUCUUGCCACGCUGAUGGUAUUAUGGGACCUUUCAAGAAAAUCAUGCGCAAGCUCUGGCUGGACGAGCUACCUGUGUGUAGUGCUGCAGACAAACGUAUGGCGAUGGUCAAGCGCGCUAUCAAGGCGAUCACAUCAGAUGCAGUGAAGGGGUCGUUUGUAAAAGCCAUCCCUCGACCUCAAAUAGUACUUGUGUAA